UUUUAUUAUAAUAAAAAAGAGGGACAAUACAUAUUAAUCAAUCAAAUAUGCAAAAUUAGAUAGAAAACGUAUGCAUUGGAAAAGUUAAUAAUUUUCACUACCAGAAGCAAAUAUCGAAUGUGUCGCAGAACCUACGUAUAGGAUUUCGAUAAGGGCGAGUAAGAGGGAAUUGAUUGAUGUUGUACUGUCCAUUUUUCUUCGGAUCCCACAUUAUCUUACAAGAGGUGUAACAUAUCCCUGGAAUAGCUAGUUUCGGUACUUUUAUGCAUUGGUUCAUGAUACAAUUUUUCAUACAUUCCUUUGUUACGAUGGAAUCAGAAACUUGUGCUGAAAGCAACAUUGUAAAUAAAUUUACAACAAUGAAGGCGCGGUAAAUAUUCUUUGACACUUGAACUGCCAUCAUGUGAAUAUACAAAACUUCGAGACAAUUUUUUUUUCUUGUUUGUUUAUUUUAGUGAGAAAAUAGAUGAUUUGCUGAGGAUGUGUGCAUGAUCACGAUGAUUUAUAUAGAAAAUUUGUUUUAUCAAAUUUUGGAAGUUCGUCACAAAAUCACUUUAUUUCCUAUUCCGUUUUUUAUACUUGACGUUUCAGGUAGUUUUUUCAUUUCAAACCUGAUAACGUUAGUUUUUAUUGUAAAAUUUAUUAGUUUUAAGUUAUUAAACCAUUUAUAUUUAAUAAUUGUGGUUUUGUAGAUAAAUUAUUUAAAUUUUAUUUUUAAAAAUAAAUAUUUUGUUAAUUUGUGUAUACAACUAUAAAAUGUCAGCUAAAUAAAAAUGGAGGGAAUAUUAUUUUGUUAAUUGGUUUUGUUGAUUAUGUUUUUUGAAAACUUUAGUGUAUAAUAUCUUUGGUCAUUUAAAGAACUAUUUUGUAUCAAUAAAUGUAACUAAUUUUCAUAUUGUCAAUUUUAGCUUACAAACACACAUACAGAAGCGUCAUUUUUGUAGCCACAUCUUUCUCUGAAAAGUGAAAACAUAUUUUAAAACUCAUAAUAUUUACCUAUAGUUAAACCCAUGACACGUUUUGUAUCAAAUAUUCACAAACAUUUAUUAAAUUUAGAAAGAGAAAAAGAAAAAGAAAACAAAAGUCCAGCGAUUGGCGUAUCCACAUUUUCAAAGUUCCGGACUUGCAUCGAAGAAGAUAGAGAAGCUAAUGGGUUGGAUCCCGUGUUCAGGGAAGAGUUGUAAGAGAAGGAGGAACAUAAUUGACGAAAACCAUGCCUCCAGUCAUCUACCGGGAUUCGAAAUGCUCCAAUAUUUUGCUCGGGAUGACUACUAUCCGAAGCUAUCUGACUUUGGUUUGGCUCAACUUGGCCCGGUGGGUCACAAGUCUCAAAUGAGACGUUUAUACGUAUACCAAUAAUAGGUGAUGUUCUUUCACAUGUAAUGUUUUGUAGCAUUUGUUUCAGUAUAUGGUAUUUUGAGUAAUGUCUCUAUUUUCAUUUCCAGAAAUGUUGUAUUACAUGUUAUAGUUUUGAAUUUUGACACUAUGUUUUGAUGGUAUUAUCAUGUGUUUUGUGUUUACUGCUAUAAACUGCGAUGCUAGUGUAUUAGUUUCUUGGUCUAGCGAUAGAAUCAUAAGAGUAACAUUGUGGUUCUGUCGGAACAGAGCAUGUCGGAAGCUAGCUGAACGAACUAUCUUCUUACAACACUCAACACUGUCUGAAAAGGAUCAAGAAUGCAAAAAAAAAACGACAAAGUUUAAGUAAAGACAUCAACUCAUCUAGUAGAAAAAGUUCGAUAAUUUGUCAGAGUUUCUAGUUAGCGAUAGAAUCAUAAGAGGUAACAUUGUGGUUCUGUCGGAACAGAGUAUGUCGGAAGCUAGCUGAGCGAUCUUCUUACAACACUCAACACUGUCUGAAAAGGAUCAAGGAUGCAAAAAAUCGACAAAGCUCAAGUAAAAAACAUUAACUGACCAUGACCAUGACCGCGACUGAUCUAGUAGAAAACAGUACGAAAAUUCAACAAAAUUGGAUCUUUAAAAAAACCCAGAAUCCCAAAAUUGACCAAAACUCAUCACAAAAAGAAAAAAGAAAAAACAAGACUCGUCUCCCCCAUCUAUGGAGUCAACAGGAAGAGCUUCUCGAUAGAGAAACCACCGAUGAGUACCCUCGGAUGCGACUCCCAUGGCGUCUUAAACGACGCAGAGUUCAGCAAACCUAUGCCUUCGAUUGGUUUAUACGUAGCUAUCGCUUCGCUCCUCUGCGCACUAGCCAUGGCCGCCGACCUUCUCCACGGCUUCCUCCACCGAAAAUUCUGGUUCCCCUGUAAGUUCUUCUCUCUCAACGCGACUUCUCUGACUUUCAUCGGCGUCGGGAUCAAACUCUCAGUAGAUCUCAACACCUCCAUGCCUAGUCGCCACGACCAGCUAUCCAAGCUCAGCAGCAGCGUCUUCGUCUGCACAGUGAUGGGCAACUCGAUGCCUUCUCUUGGUUCAAUGGACAACAAAGAUCUUUUAAUGAACCUCGUAGCCUUAGCGAUCCUUGUGGUCACGGACGUUGUCAACAUCUGUAUCCAGCUAGGGACAGGCGCCAUCUACGUCUUCAAAGAAGAACACUUCAUGGUCGUCCUCCUCAUGAUGCUUAUGCUGAUGAUCUUGAGUUUCUCGGCGACCACGGUUCCCACCACGAAGAGGAUCCUGGAAGCUAAGUACAAGAAGAAGUACGAGGUGGCUUUGAAGUGUCCUUUGGCUACAGAGAGAACAACUGUAGCGAAAAAGAUUCAGCAAGAUUUGUCAAAGUUCUGGAUGAUGGCUCACACUAGUAGUCCUCAGUUCGUGAUGGCACGUUCCGUCACGUGCACUGCUUCUGGCUUCUUCUGUCUUCUUAGCGCCGUUACGCUUGGUGAAGCUGUUGUCCGGUCUUACUUGCUGAGACCGGGGACGACGACGACGCUUGAGUUUUGCCGAGGUGAUUCUGAUUAUAAAUGGUCGACCUCUCUGGUUCUCGUUUGUCAGGGGAGCGCUGUAGCUGUAGGGACUGUCGCUCCUGCGAUUCGUUGGUUUACAGCUGUUAAGUUCAGGUGUCCGAUUAGAGGGAGUAGGAGUUAUAGAGACGAGUUUCGAAUAGAGAGUUACUGGACGCAGUGGUUCUCUGAGAAGAAACAACGUCCCUUACCCUUAAGCCGUCUUUCGAUUCUCAAAGAUCGCAGCUGCAGGAAGACAGCGCACGAUGCGAAACGCUGGCUGUUGGAUGUGUGUAUAGGUGUGCAGUAUGUUAUAGUGUUUGCCAGCAAGAUCAUCCGUUACGUCUCUGUCUACUGCGUGAGCAGAAUCUUGAUUUGUCUUCAUUUGGCGUUCAGAGCGACGGGUAGAAGUACAGUCUCUCACGUUGACUCGGAGAUGUCUGGUGGUGGUUCGAGACAGGAGCUGGCGAGCUUUGUACUGCAUCUUGAAGGAGAGGACGAGCUUGUGGAUUUGAUGGUGAGGAGCAAUAGGGAGGCUACUGAUCAUUGGGUAAAGAAGGGUAGAAAGAACCAGCCGGUGAAUCUGAUAGAGCUUUUGGAAGCGACGACGAAGAUUUCGAAAGGGUUUGAAGGGAUUAGAGAGUUUGACAGCAGCGAGGUGGCUUCUCUUGCACCGUCGGGAGAGCCGCCUAACUGCUGGGCUCUCCCGUUGGUGACAAUGACAGCCAUCGCUCUAGCUCUCGCCAACGUCAAGCCGAAGUUGCUUAACGCUGUCAGCGAGGCGCUAGACUCUGUUAACAAGUUUGAAUGCGUCUUAGAUACAGGAGGAGAGUUGGCUAACCUCAGGAAAGCUGCUGAGGUGGUUUGGCUAGGAGUUGAUCUCUACCAUAAGUGGUUCGAUGUGGAUCUUCGGAAACUAUCUAAGCAGGAGAAGAGUCCUGAAGAGACGCUUAGGGAGCUAGCGGAAGUGGCGAAGAGAGAGUUUUCGGAGUCGUGGCAGAUGAACUUGAUGGUGUGCAUGAAGCACAAGCCUUCUCAUUGGCCCAUCAAGACUCUAGCUGCCAACUCCAUGUACAGAAUCUGUCAAACCAUUCUUCUCAAUUACGAAACGAGAGACUACGGAACAGGGGAAGCUCUGUUGAGGAAGCUGGAAACCACGAUCUCGGACAUAGUUUCAGGCUGUUUCUGCAACGUGGUACAGGUUGUGUCUGUUAAGUGUUUGGUGACGGCUGUAGAAGUGAGGGAAGAAUCGGUUAGAGGAGCGGCUCUGCAUCUCGAAACAGAGAAGAUUCUAGAGAUUGUAGAGAGGAGACGAUUACCUGAACUGAGAUGUGAUCAGAUGAAGAAUAUUGAUGAGUGGAGAGCGUUCUACAAGAUGAACUCUUCUGAGUGUAAUAGCAGCAAGGCAGUUUCUUCCGAGUCAAAUGAAGUGUGCAUCACUGUUGACUAAUUUGUAAAAAACUGUUUGUAGAUAAGAGACCGUUUUAUGAUUGUUAUUGGUGAUGUAUUACUCACAUGUAAUAAUUAUAUGUAUUACUUGCGUGAAAUGUAACAGUAUCUCACUAUAUGCUAUUUGUAGAUAUAUAAGAAAAUAAUAAUUUUACGAAUAAAUUUUUAUAUUUUU